GCAAAGCCAUUGGAGGGCGAAAAGUCAAGAAAUUGUAAUAGUCAAACAAUAUUCAUCCCCAAUUACAAAGCAACCAAAUCCACGACGCGGCAUUCUUCCCCCUGCGAAUUUGCGAUUCAAUAAUAUAUAGAACCCUAAAUCGCAACUCUUCUUCCCCAAAAUUUCCCCAAAUUCUCCCAAAAUCAAACAGCCACUCCUUCCGAUUCUCCAUGUGUCCUCUCCGAUUCAUCCUCGUGUUCCUCUCCGCAGUUCUGGCCGGAUACGUCGCCUGGAGAUCCGCUUCUUCUUCUUCGAUUUCGUCCUCCGAUGUCGCUUCGGAGAAAUCGCCGCCGUCCGACGAGAAGCGAGGAGUAGGGACGACAAUUCAGAAUGGAUUCUGGAUCUUCGUGGACAUGGCGAGCGGGAGAUACCUGUGGAGGAAUUUGAACGGAUCAAAUCAGGCCGCCAAGGUUGAGAGUAAUUAGGAAUCUUUUCUUUUCUCUGCAAAUUUGAUUGUGUUGCUGUUGCUCGCUGGUUCUGGCGAUUGUUUCGUCAAUCAUUUGCUUUCUGUUCUUGGCGACGGAGAUUGAAAUGUCGAUAUUUGAAUUUUAGAAUCGAACACGAUUGCGUUCUCGAGGUGAUUGAUUA